CAAACAAUUCUCGCUCUCCCUCUCUCUCUAACAACUUUAUUAACUUCUUAAUUUCGGUGGGUUUGCAUGAAUGAAGAGACUCACAAAGCCGGCCUCAAUACGAUUCUCUCACGCCGGCGCUUCCAGAACCAACUUCAAUUUCAACCACAUCUACUCCUCUCUCGUCUCUCUCAAUCCUUUUAACAAACACGUACAAAACAAAGCAAAGCUCUCGAAAUGAAGAUGCUUUUUCCACUCUCAUCAUUUUCUCUCACCAUUUUCCCACUGCCAUUGCUCUCUCUCUGAAUUCACGUCCCAAACACCGAACCCACCACGCCACCUAAACAAAGCCCAAAUCUUUACACAAAAGCAAUGCUAGAUCUCAACCUCAGCUUCGUCUGCAACGACGUCGUCUCCAGCUCUGACAACAACCUUCUUCACCUUCCCGCUACCACCUCCCCAAUCCAGAGCUCCGCCAGCUUCAACUCCUCCUCCAACCUCACCGCCGCCGGAGAUGACGACGACUCGUCCACCCUCAACUUCCUCUCCCCAAACGACGUCGCUGCCGACGACUACGCUCACUGCGAUGCUCGGACCAUCCAGCUCUUCCCGCUCGCGCAAUCCGUACGCUCUUCUUCUUCGUCUUCGUCGUCUUCGAGAAAGCAGUGGCUGGGACUAUCGUCCAAUUCCGGAAUGGAGGUGGAGCCGAGCUACUAUGCUCCUGCGGAGCAGAGGAUCGUGCCCCUGCAGCAGAAAGUGAAGAAGAGCCGGAGAGGACCCAGGUCUCGGAGCUCGCAGUAUCGGGGCGUUACGUUCUAUCGGAGAACCGGGAGAUGGGAAUCUCAUAUUUGGGAUUGCGGGAAACAGGUGUACUUGGGAGGAUUUGACACUGCCCAUGCUGCAGCUAGGGCAUAUGAUCGAGCUGCGAUCAAGUUCCGUGGAACUGAAGCUGAUAUUAAUUUCAAUGUUAGUGAUUAUGAAGACGAUAUUAAGCAGAUGAGCAAUUUUACAAAGGAAGAGUUUGUGCAUAUCCUGCGUCGCCAGAGCACCGGAUUCUCUAGAGGAAGCUCAAAAUACAGGGGAGUCACGUUGCACAAAUGUGGCCGCUGGGAAGCUCGUAUGGGCCAGUUUCUGGGGAAGAAGUAUAUAUACCUUGGCCUAUUUGAUAGCGAGAUUGAAGCUGCAAGGGCAUAUGACAAGGCUGCCAUCAAAUGCAAUGGAAGAGAAGCAGUCACCAACUUUGAGCCAAACUCAUAUGAUGGUGAGAUAAUGUCUGAGGCCCACAAUGGAGGCAGUGACAAAAGUCUUGAUCUGAACUUGGGAAUUGCUCCCCCUUUGGUUUCUGAGCUCCAAAAGAACAACAGCAAUUUGAGCAGCUUCCCUGUUCAGCUAGGCUGCGAUGACAUUCCUAUUCACAUGAGAACAAGGAAUGAGAACUCUGCUCCAGCACCUAUGAGGGCUCAACUGUCUCAUGGCUCAAUGGUGGCGUCUGAGGAGCCUCCUAUAAUGAGCAACAUAAAUUCCAGUUUCUUUCCCAUCCAAAUGGUAAUUUACAUUCACUUCUAGUCACUAUCAUAAUUU